AUGACUCAGUCCUCUGGCCCUCAGCUCUCUGAUAGGGCUUUCUCUGAAUGCCCCAUCCAAGUCAUGGUUGGCAGUGAAAAGAAAAUCUACUAUAUUCAUCCUUCAAUCUUGACUUCAUGCAACUCAUCGGUGCUAAAUGCGCGAAUGACCGGGGGAUGGAGGAAUAAUGAUGCAGAUAAACCUCUCGACUGGACCAAUUUUGACGAGGUCACGGUCGAAUGUGUUAUAAGUUAUCUCUACGUUAAGGACUAUUACGUACCUGAGCAGACCUUUGAAUUUGGGGCAUCAUCUGGAGGUGAUACUCAAGGCCAGCCAGAGGAGAAGGUCAAGGACAUUAAGCCAGUAAUUUUUCCUGCGAAAAAGGUCGUAGUCGAGAAAAAGACUCAACCUGAUAACGAAUUGAAGCGGCCCCUUACUCCCUUGGACAGGUGUCUUGAAGCUGGAUUGCCUGUCAAGACCCGUCCAACUGCUGCUGGAGUCUUUGAUCAACUAUCCAAACUGCAGAAGGGAAACUCUGGCACGGAAAUCCUUACACAUGCCAAGGUGUACCAGUUUGCGCAUUACUUCCUGUUCCCUGAACUAGAAGUGCUCGCUUUACAACGCCUCACACAGGUCCUGCUUGAACUGGAUGAUUUGAAAAUGCAACAUCUAUUCCCACAGCUUGCGGAUGCCAUCCGUGCCGUGUACGGUGGGACUCCGGAUACUGCACAAGAUCAAGAUCCAGCCAGGAAAUUGCUUUCUCAGUUUGUUGCGCUGAAGUACAACUUGCUUUCGGGUGAAGGUCUCGACGCGGUUCUGGCAGAGGAGAGCCAGUUCUCGGUUGACGUAACGCGGAAACUCGCUCGACGAAUUGCACGUAUUGAUGAGCUCGAGAAGCGUAUUCUUGAGAAUGCCAAUCAACUUGAAAAAGCGCAAGAGGAGAUAACUUUCUGGAGGCGCAGCACACCUAAGCGUGGCGUGAAAUUGACCCCGGAUCUCUUGCGAUACUAA